CGUCGCCGCCGCUUCUCCACCUCCCCGCCCGCCUCCUGCGUCCCGCGGCCAUGGCGGAGCUGGAGCUGGGUCAGCACUGCGGGGUGCCUGACUGCCACCAGCUCGAUUUUCUCCCCUUUAUAUGUGAUGGCUGUUCAGGUGUCUUUUGCCUUCAGCACAGGAGCCGAGAUGCUCAUGGAUGUUCUGAGGUGAAUAUAAGAAACAAUUCUGUGAAACCUGAUCAGCACAGGUCUUAUCCGUGCUCAUACAAGGACUGCAAUGGAAAGGAGCUUUUGCCAGUUUUAUGUCCCUACUGUGGAAAACAUUUUUGUCUAAGACAUCGCCAUCAAUCAGACCAUGAAUGUGAGAAGCUGGACACGCCAAAACCUCGAAUGGCUGCUACCCAGCAGCUAGUUAAACAUAUUAUAGAUUCUAAAAAAAGUGAGGAAGCAAAAAGCAAAAAACGCAGAGGAGCAAAAAACAGUGAGACUGCAGCAAAAGUGGCAUUAAUGAAACUGAAAAUGCAUGCAUGUGGGGACAAGUCCUUGCCUCAGGCAGAAAGAAUUUACUUUCAAGUAUUUUUACCAAAGGGGAACAAAGAGAAAAGCAAACCUAUGUUCUUUUGCAGUAAGUGGAGUGUUGGCAAAGUAGUAGAUUUUGCAGCUUCCUUAGCAAGCCUUAAAAAUGACAACAACAAAUCAACAUCCCAGAAAUUGAGAUUAUGCCAUACUGUCUCUGGAGAAGCCUUGCCAUUUGAACAUACACUGGAAACAUGGCUAUCUGAUAAAGACUAUCCACUGUACAAUGGAGGAAAUAUAAUUCUGGAAUAUCUUGAUAAUGAUGUUCUAUUUAUAGAAGAUACAGAGUCAUACUUUAGUUAGUAAAUUAUCACCAAAAAAAAUAAGAUUUUUCAGAAGCAUGGUAUUUGAGCAGGUCCAGUUUUCUUUUAAAAUCACUGGUAUGCCAGAAUCUCUCCUCAGUUUUAAAGACACAGUUCCCAUCAAUUUCUAAGUUGCUUGACUGACAGAAGAACAAAGUCCUGAAAGGAAAACUAGUUAUUAUAAUAACGAAUAUUACAGAUAUUUACAUUCUAGAAUAACUUCUUCCUCUAUUGAGCUGUAAAAUAUCAAGAAUGUUUUCUUAAUUUUUAUAUUUAUUUUUUAUAAAUGGUGGGGACAGUAUGUAUUAAUAAAUAAUGGAAAUGUAAA